AUGACGACAUUUUUGAAACAGGCUUUCGUGGUUUCCGGCGCCGCCCUUAACAUAGUCGGUCAUGGCUGCGCCCAUGGCUACCCAGCUGUCCUGUUUGCUCAACUAAUAAGAGACGGAGGACCUGUAACACUGACUGACCAUGAUACUUCUUGGAUUGCAUCAUCAGUAGGCCUCAUGGGAAUCGUCGGAAACUUCAUAUCUCCCGUGUUCAUGUCAAAACUCGGAAGGCAAAAAUCGCAUUUUAUCUCCACAAUACCCGCUCUACUCGGCUGGAUCAUAUUUAUCUUCGGAAACUCAGUACCUAUGUUUCUUAUUGCUAGAUUUCUUCAUGGUCUAGCAUUAGGUCUACGAACACCCUUAGCUGCUAUUCUAGUAGCUGAAUACACAGAACCAAGAUACAGGGGCGCAUUUUUGGGGACUUUUGCCAUAUCUUUAGGCCUUGGUAUCAUGCUGUCACAUGUUUGGGGAGCAUAUCUAUCUUGGAAGCACACAGCUAUAGUCUGUUCCAUGUUUCCUAUAAUAUCUAUGAUCAUCAUAAGCUUCUCCCCGGAAUCUCCGUAUUGGUUAGUAUCCAAAUCCAGGUUUGACGACGCCAAAAAAGCGUUCAGUUGGAUCCGUGGUGAUGGUAUUGAGCAAAGCGAAGAGUUUGAGAAAAUGUUAGAAACGCAACAUAAGGAAUUACAAGAUACGAAAAAUGAGAAGAAGGUGGCUUCUAGAAAUCUCAAUGUAACGAGAUAUAUGCUUAAUUCGUUUAAGAGCGUAUUAAGAAUAUUCAAGAAGAAAGAGUUUUUCAAGCCGUCGAUUGUAGCUAUAUGCAUGCUUAUAGUUUUUGAAUUUGGUGGUGCUCAUAUGCUAGCAGCUUAUGGUAAUGUUAUUUUGCAAGCCGUUCUGAAUAAGGAGCAUCUAACUGAUGUAACUUGGCAAUUCACUGUGAUAGAUUUCUUAAGAACAAUUUGCGCAUUUCUCGCUAUAUUCCUGCUCAAAAACUUCAAGAGGAGGACAAUUUUGUUUGUAAGUGGCAUCAUGACUGUUACUUCGAUGACAAUGAUUUCGGUAUUUAUGUAUAUAAGAAACGCUGGAUUCAUAAAAGCACCCUGGUUACUAGAUACGUUUCCCAUGAUAUUAAUGAUAACGUACACUUUGUCGUUCUGUUUGGGAAUUGUACCGUUGAAUUGGGUUAUCUGUGGUGAAGUUUUCCCAUUAGCUUAUCGAAGUUUAGGCUCCACUCUAUCCACAUCGUUCUUGACUCCAGCUUUUGUUAUUUCUAUGAAGACGGCUCCUCAUUUAUACUCAACGAUAGGAGUCCAAGGUGCAUUUCUAGUCUACUCGACAACAUUGACAAUUUGUUUAUGCAUUAUGUACGUGCUGUUACCAGAAACUAAAGACAGGACCCUGAUAGAUAUAGAGAAUACAUUUAAGGGAAUCAAGACCAGUGACAAAGACGUACAGCUUAGCUUAAUUGAAAACAAAGCUGUAGGGUCAGUUUAA